AUGGUCGCUGAUACCAUAACUGUUACCUCUAGGAAAGCAGGAGAAGAAAAAGCAUAUACUUGGCAAUCAGAUGGUCUUGGAGAAUAUACAAUAGGAGACUACCAAAACAAUGAUUUUGCCAGAGGGACAGAAGUAGUAGUGCACGUUAAACAAGAGGAAGAAAGCUAUGUGGAUCAUUUUAGAUUAAAACACAUAGUCAAGAGCUAUUCUGAUCAUAUAGCAAUACCAAUAUAUUUUAUUGAUGAAACUACUUCUAAUGAAGUGCAACUUAAUUCAGCUUCCGCAUUAUGGACAAGGCCUAAGUCACAAAUAACCGAAGAGCAAUAUAAGGAUUUUUACAAGACUCUAUCCUAUGCUGUUGACGAUCCAUGGGUGACUAUCCAUAAUCGAAAUGAAGGUACUGUUGAAUUCACUAAUUUAUUAUUUAUCCCCUCAACUAAAACGUUUGAUUUAUUUCAUCCAGAUCGCAAGAGAAGAGUAAAAUUAUACAUAAAACGGGUAUUUAUCUCGGAUGAAAAUAUAGAUUUAGUACCUUCCUAUUUACGAUUCUUAAGAGGUGUUGUUGAUUCUGAAGAUUUACCUCUCAAUAUCAGCCGAGAGUCCUUACAACAUAAUAAAACUUUAGAAAAAAUUAAAUCUGCUAUAACUACGAAAGUUCUAGGAGAGCUUAAAAAGAAGAAAGAUGAGUCAAUUGAAGAAUAUAGUAAAUUUUGGUCUAAUUUUGGUGCUGCUUUGAAAGAAGGAUUAUGUGAAGCAACUUCUGAUCAUGAUAAAUUGCUUGAAGUCUGCAUUUUUAGAAGUAGUUUACAGGAAAAAAUGAUUAGCCUUGAUGAAUAUAUUAGUAACUUUAAAGAUGAGCAAAAUACUAUAUAUUACUUAAGUGGAGAUAAUCCUGCUAAAUUACUUUCUAGCCCCCAAAUAGAAGGGUUUUUAAGUAAAAACAUUGACGUUCUACUUUUUACUGAUACAGUAGAUGAUUUUUGGGUCAAUGUUAACAGUAAUUAUAAAGGUUAUGCUAUUAAAUCAGUUACUAGAAGUGAUAUAGACUUAGAAAAAGAAAAUCAGUCUUCAGAAGCGGCACCAGAGGGAAAAAUCAGUGAUGAAUACGCAAAGCUAAUAGAAUAUUUUAAAGAAAUAUUAGGAGCAUUAGUAAA